AUGGAAUAUUUCAGAAAACGUGGGGAGAAGAAUAAAAGAGAAAAAGAGAUACCGAGCUCAGGCAACCGAUUAUCUUGGGCGUUUGCGCGCGACUGCAGGCUGAAAGAGAUACCGAGCUCAGGCAACCGAUUAUCUUGGGCUGGAGUUAGAGAGAUCAUGAGCAAUGGUGUUAAAGAAAAGGUGUGGGUUCAAUGCAGAUUGGAUAGGGCGUUCGGAAACGCUGAAUGGUUUCGUCUCUUCCCAAACUCUCACUCGUUCUAUCUGGAGAAGACAGGUUCUGACCAUAGACCGAUUUUCACGGGACUGGAUGCUACAGUGCAGAGGAGGACAGGAAGGUUUACUUUUGAUAAAAGAUGGUGUGCUAAACCUGGGAUUCAGGAGAUCAUACGUAGAGGCUGGAGCGUGGGUAAUCCCUCAGGGGAGGCAUCUGUAUCGGAGCGCAUCCGUUCUUGUAGAAUGGAGCUAUCAAAAUGGAAGCGAACAGCUAAUGUGAACUCUAAUAUGAGCAUCAUGAAGUUGCGCAGAGAGUUGGAGGUGGAGGAGAGUAAAAUCAGACCUGAUCUCGCGAGACUGCCAAUGAUGCGUCUGGAGUUGGAAAAGGCAUAUCAAGAAGAGGAGACUUUUUGGCAACAACGGAGUAAAAAUUCUUGGCUACGAGUUGGUGACAAGAAUACUAAAGUCUUUCAUGGUUGGGUGGAGUCUAGGAGGAUGAAGAAUAAGGUUCAUUCUUUGAUCAGUCCUGAUGGGUCGGAGCACUUCGAUGAAGAUAUGAAAGGGAAGAUAGCGGUUGACUAUUUCACUGAUUUGUUCACUUCAAAUGGGUCUGCUUCUCCAGUUGAGUUGUUGGAAGGAAUGACGCCAAGGGUAACAGAGCGAAUGAACAGAGACCUGAUUAAACCGGUAUCAGAUGCGGAGAUCAAGAGUGCGGUGAAGGCAAUCAAAUGCGAUAGCUCCCCGGGUGUUGAUGGGAUGACAGGUCAUUUUUUCCAGAAGUUUUGGAACAUCACAGGCCAGCAAGUGACGAAGGAGGUGCGGAACUUCUUUGAGUCAGGUCAGCUCCCUAUGGACUGGAACUUCACAGAGCUCUGUCUAUUGCCUAAAGUUCUCAACCCGAAUCAGAUGAAGGAUCUAAGACCUAUUAGCUUGUGUUCUGUGGUCUACAAAAUUGUCUCCAAGGUGAUGUGUGAUCGGCUCAAGACCAUCUUGCCGCAUAUAAUCUCACCAGCUCAAGGAGCUUUUGUAGGAGGUCGCCUUAUCUCUGAUAACUUGCUCAUUGCACAUGAGAUGGUUCAUGGUUUGAGGACCAACCCUAUGUGCAAAUCAGAUUUCAUAGCCAUUAAAACUGAUAUGUCCAAGGCGUAUGAUAGGGUGGAGUGGAAUUUCUUGGAAGCCUUGUUCUCCAAGUUGGGUUUUCAUUCUACAUGGAUUGCUUGGAUUAUGAGCUGUGUGCGGUCAGUUUCCUACUCGGUGCUACUGAAUGGGCAAGCAUAUGGCCACAUUACUCCUCAACGUGGUAUCAGACAAGGAGAUCCUCUUUCUCCUUUUCUUUUUAUACUAUGUGCAGAGGCGUUAAUUCACACAAUGAACCAGGGGGAGCAGAAUGGGAGGAUCACAUGCAUGAAGAUAGCAUCGAACUGUCCAUCGGUUCAACAUCUCCUAUUUGCUGAUGAUAGUUUCUUUCUCUGUAGAGCUACUUUGGCUGAAUGCUCCGAGUUCUUACGACGCCUCAAGCUAUAUGGAGACUCCUCCGGUCAGGUUAUUAACUUCCAGAAGUCGGCGAUCACUUAUGGAGCAGGUAUUGAUGCAGUGAUGAAGCGUGUAUUGGCUGAGUUUCUGGGUAUCGAGAAUGAAGGUGGGGAUGGAAAAUACUUAGGCUUGCCGGAAUGCUUCAGUGGUUCUAAGCAGAAGCUCCUUGCUUUCAUUGGAGAGAAGCUGAAUAAGAGACUUCGAGGUUGGUUUGCUAAGAAGUUGUCCUUGGGCGGCAAGGAGGUUUUACUCAAGUCCAUAGCGAUGGCGUUACCGGUGUAUGCAAUGUCUUGUUUCAGGUUGAUAAAGCAUCAUUGUCAAAAGAUUAUGAGUGCUAUGGCAAGUUUCUGGUGGGAUGAAUGCGGAGAGAAGAGAAAGAUCCAUUGGAUCUCUUGGAAGAAGAUGUGUAUCUCAAAGGAGAACGGGGGCCUUGGUUUUAGAGAUAUGGAAGAUUUUAAUCAGGCUUUAUUGGCAAAGCAGGCCUGGAGGUUACUAAACAACCCUGAGAGUCUAAUCGCACAGAUUUAUAAAGGACGGUAUUUCAAUAACCGAAGCUUCAUGGACUGUGGAAAAGGCAUACGUCCAUCUUAUGCAUGGCGUAGUAUUCUUUUUGGACGUGACCUCUUGCAAAAAGGGUUAAUCAAGUCUAUAGGAGAUGGAGCAUCGACGUUUGUGUGGUCAGAGAAAUGGAUUAUGGAUGACACUCCCCGUAGACCAGUCAGCAAGCAAAUCAUAUUCGAUGCUAACCUCAAAGUGAGCGCUCUAAUUAAUAGUGAUGGGAGCUGGAAUGUGAAUUUGUUGAAUGAGUUGUUUCCCAUCAACGAAGUUCAACGUAUUACUCAGUUACCGACAGGAGCAUCUCAAGAUAGAGAGAUAUGGGCUUUCACUCCCAAUGGUUCGUACUCUGUUAAAAGUGGGUACUCUCUUGCAGCUCAAGAAAAAGAAGCAGAGGCGUUAGGAGGUGAUGAGGUGAGCCACGAGGUUUUAGAGCUCAAACGUUUGAUAUGGAAGGCUCCGACAGUUCCUAAAAUAAGAAGCUUCCUCUGGAGAGCUGCAUCUGGUGCUCUAGCGGUCGCGGAGAGACUGAACACGAGGGGAAUGAACGUUGAAGCUAAUUGCAAGCUCUGUUCGGGCGCCAACGAAUCCAUUGCGCAUGUGUUAUUUCUCUGUCCGGUGGCGCAAGACAUAUGGGCACGAAUGGGUUUUACUCCGGUAGUAGCUCAAAGUGACCAGUCGUUGAGUGAGCUUCUUUUGUUACAUCUUAAGCUGAUGACGGAACCGAGUUUACCGGUAGCUCAACGCCAAACUAUCCCAUGGAUUUUCUGGACGAUCUGGAAGAAUAGAAACUCUGUUCUUUACGCGGAAACUCAAAUCUCCAUUGAGGUGCAGCUGCAACUGAUAAGGGAUGAUGCAAGACUGUGGACUGAGCUCAAUGAUAGUCAAGCAAAUGAAGAGACUGUGAAUGGUUUACUGGAGGAAGCAAUAGGGAAGGCAAUAGACUGGCCCAGAUACCGUAUCAUCCUCAGUCGGAUUCAAGGUUUGUGUGCACAGUUUCCUGCAGUUGCGUUUCAAUUGAAAUCCCCGAUUUCAAACAGAGUUGCUAGAGAAAUUGCGAAGAGUGUGCUCAGGGAUGGAAGAUUCCAAUCUUACUUAGCCCUCGGAGGACCUGCGUGGCUUCAUCAUUUAAUCAACAGAGAAGCUGCUUUCUUACGCUCGUAG